AUAGAAAAUUCGAAUAGAGUAUCGUAACUGAAACAUUUUUAAUUACCUUUAAACAAGUUUUGCAACUACACAUUCUUAAUUCGUUGGUAGAGAUAUGACGUUCUGGCAGCGAAUCUGUUAAAUCAAUAUUAGUCUAUUGUCCCUAUUGUAUAUAAGUCUCAGAGAACUGCAAACAUCUAUUAAUUGGACGACGAAUUCAUAAACGCGUAUUAACUUAUGUUACGUAUUACUUUAUAGUUAACAUAUACUCGAAAUGAACUGACUCAAUAAUUUAAAAAUUAAAAUUGCCGAAAAGAAAGACAAGUCAACGCUAGUUGGUAGGUGCUUGUAAUUAUUCUAUUUUAAUGUUUAUCGUAAGGAUAUACAUAAAAUAAUACAACAUAAAGUUAACAAUAAUUUGUAUUUAAAAUAGAACUUGAAAUACAAAAGGAAAUGUGUCUCUGCAUUGGACCAUUCAAAUCAGGCAAAACUCUUUUAAUGAAAAGUCUCCAAGGAGACGAAAUCGACGACGCGACUCAUACUGUGCCUACCAACGGAAUAAAUAUAUAUACUGUAAAAAAUGAUAAUGGUGAAUUCGAUAUGGUGAUUAAAGAAAUUGGCGGUAAUAUGGCACCGAUCUGGAAGCAUUAUUUUGAUAAGAUUCAUAAAAUUAUCUACGUAGUGGAUACCAGUAAUCUUUGUCAAAUAAGUGCUGCAGGCGUACUACUUUACUCUUUCCUCGUGGAACCGAGAUUACGGAAUGUGAAAGUAGCACUCAUCUUGAACAAGAUGGAUGUUUCGUAUCGUCAGAUGAGAAACGAAGCUUUGCUGAUGUUACAAUAUGCACGUCUGCAAAAGGAAGUAACACAGAAGAUCACCGUGCUGGAAACCAGUGGUAUGACGGGUCAGGGGAUAGAGAGUUUACGCAGCUGGCUAUUCGAUCCGGAAACACUGCGAGCUACACUCAAGGCUAAUAAAUAGGCUAAUAAAUCAUCGCAUGAU